GGGGAACAGCUACUUGAUGUACAGGUCGCCCACAGUGAGCACCCGGAUGUCUCUGCAGCAGCCAACGGAUCCGAAGAGUUGCAGCCCCAAGGAUCCCAACUGUCACGAUUCCUUCAAGAGGGUUGCAGAUCUUCCGUACUGCUGUACACCCGCGUGCACCUAUAAGGCCGACAAUUCCUCCUGCAGUUGCCCUUGGCGACGCUUCACCAACUACAAGUGUCAGUAUGUGGACGGCGUGGGAGGGACUCAGAUCUAUCCCAAUGAUAUCGUGAUCAACACCUUCCGACACGAGUACACUCAGGAGCUCAAUGCCAGCUGCGGCCAAGAGGGCUGCAGCAAGUUGUGGAUCACCUCUGGAGCGCAAGACAGGUUCAUGGCAGACGUCGAGGAUUUUACUCUUCUGGUGGACCACGCGGUGCAGAAUCAGGAAUUGGGCAUCGCCCGAACCAGCCGCGAGAUGGAGGGCUGGUUGCUGGUGAAUGGCACCCACGAGUUGCAGCAGCAGCUGUGCAGCAGCACCAACACCUCCAUGACGGCACCGUUUUACGGUGAGCGAACCACUAAGGCGCCUUGCUAUUUGAAGCCUAAUUCGACAGACAAGGACGGCUUGGACUACUUCACCGUGAGGACUCUCAUGAUGGCCAUGGGUCUGACCCUGGAGGGUGAAAGCUAUGAAGGCAGCGGGCAUUCCUUGCGCUACGAGGGACUGACAGUGACGCUGAAGAUCCAUUACUUUGACACAUGGCCGUGGCAUGGCGUUUUGAGGGAUGGCAACGGCCGAACGAAAGUGUUGUACGUGUACUCGCUGGUGCCCUUGAAGGACAAUCCCUACAAGGUAAGCGAUCUGAUCUACUCCAAGUACCCCGAGGAGCGCAUCCGACGGGACAUGCACGGCAUCUACUUGUCGGCGAUGCCUGAGGGCGAACUGGGCAUUUUUGAUGCGCAGACCUUGCUGCUCACGUACUUCCUGAAGCAAAGGAACUACUACAAGGAGAUGCUGAUCCACGUCAGUGCCGAUUUCUCAGAUGUACGAGAUCUGGAGGCAAAGACAGAUGAAGAGAUUCAGGAGAUUCUGAAGGAGAAGGGCUUGCCACGGACGGGUUCCCGCGUCCAACAGAUCUUGAGCAUCCUCGAUGCUGGUGGACUGAGCCACCACAAUCACAGUGAGCCUGCCCGGCUCUCCACUGGUGGAGGUGCUCGUCUACUGGAAGCAGGAGAAUCGCAGAUGCGUCUGCGAUGA